AUGAGCCGUGCCGUGAUGCCCCACCGCGACCCCACCCAACUGCGUCGCCUCUUCUCCGAUGCUCUAGCUGCCCGCCGCCUCGCGCUUAGGCAGCAGCAGCGAGAGCGGGAGGAGCGGAUGCAGAGAGACGAGCAGAUGGAGAGAGAAAGGGAGUGGAUGGAGAGUCAACAGUUGCUGCAGAGACAGCAAGAAUUGCAGAGAGAGCAAGCAGUGCAAAGAGAACAAGAGGAGCAAAGAGAGCAAGACAGGCAGAGAGAACAAGAACUGCAAAGAGAGCAUGAGUUGCAGGAGGAACUGAGGUGGGUGAAUGAGGAGAUUAGGGAGGAGGAGCAGAGGACAUUGGAGGGGGUUGGUCGGUUCUCAGGUGAAGGGCAUGGACGUGACGAGAGAGGGGGCGAGAAGGGGGAGGGGGUGGCGAGUAUGGGGAGGAGCAGAGGGCUGGAGCAUGAGGAAGCAGGAGGAGAGCAGAAAGCAGGCACAUGGUGUGAGGAGGUUCAUGCCAGGGAGCAGGCAGCAUGGCAGCAUGGCCCACGUGGCGACACAAGAGCUGACAUGACAAUCAGUGGUGCCACGUCAGCUGUCAUCUUACCAAAUACUACCACACCAGAUGAGCCCACACCAGAUGAAAUCGCAGCACACAGGAACAGAAGCAGCAGCACAGGUGGCGGCACAGGUGGCAGCAGAAAAGGCACUGCAACAUGCCACGUGGCAUUCCAGCAGCUCUUUCCCAACCGCCUGCAUCUGCUGCAGCCGGCCUUGCAGUCGCGCCCUCCCCAGGUGCCACCUGCCCGCCCUGACACCGUAGCGAAUGCGGGAUCGGUGCUGAUUCAGCCGCACCUGACGCUGAUGCAGCGAGCUUCAGAAGCAGGGAGGAUGGAAGGGCCAAGACUGGCCAGUGGGGAGGUGGCAUCCGGGGAAAGUGUAUGUGGUGGGGGAGAGGUGAGGGAAAGAGAGGUGAGUGGAGAAGAGGUGAGCGGAAGAGGAGUAUCUGUGGCGGAGGGUGAGGAAGGGGCUAUAGGAGGGGCUAGUAUGCUUCUGAGAUGGUCCCUGCUGCAACCGACAGUGCCACAACCAGCAGUGGUACAAGCAAGGCCCUUGCAGCCAAUUUCUGAGGGUGCAGGAAGAGAGGGGCAUAGGGAAGAGGAGGUGGUGCAGGAGGAGCAAGGAGGGGCUGAGAGCGAGGUGGAAGCAGACGCGGGAGGAGGGGAGCCAGAGCAGCAGCUAGUGCAGCAGCAGCAGCAGCAGCAGCAGCAGCAGCAGCAGCAGCAGCAGCAGCAGCAGCAGCAGCAGCAGCAGCAGCAGCAGCAGCAGCAGCAGCAGCAGCAGCAGCAGCAGCAACAGCAGCAGCAGCAGCAGCAGCAGCAGCCGUUUGUUCAGUUUCGCAAGCUGCUGCUGCGGGGAGUUGUGACGGGGACGAGUGGGGGUGGGCUCAUGGCGCCUGCUGUGACCCUGUCCAACGUGACUGUAGCGAAGGUAACUGCAUUGCCCGAGGCAGCAGCUCCCGUGGGAGGAGGGAGGGCAGCACGAGACAGUGUAAUAGGAGAAGAGGAAGCACGUGCUGCUACAGUUGAGCGCAGCAGUGUGGCAGCAGAGGCAGCAGAGGCAACAGAGGCAUCAGAGGGACGGUUGGAGGUGGCAAGAGCAGUGAGAGAGGAACCAGCAACAGCAGCACGUUGUGAAACAACAGCAGCGGCACAAGCAACAGAACUAGAAGGAGCAGCAGAGGCAGCAGCAGCAGCAGCAGCAGCAGCAGCAGCAGCAGCAGCAGCAGCAGCAGCAGCAGCAGCAGCAGCAGCAGCAGCAGUAGCAGCAGCAACAGCAGCAGAAGCAACAGGAGCAGCACAAGCAACAGCAGCAGCAGCAGAGGCAGCGGCAGCAUCGGUGGCAGCAGCAGCCUCAGUGGGUCGAGGCAUUGACCACCACCAUCACCCUUCUGCUGUUGACCUGCUAGCUGCUGCUGCUGCCGCCGCUGCUGAGUCAGAUGCACUGUGUGCUGAGUCAGAUGCACUGUGUGCUGAGUCAGAUGCCUUGCGUGCUGAGUCAGAUGCCUCGCGUGCUGAGUCAGAGACAGCAUGCCUCUCUCCCAUUGCCCACCACCCUCCAUCACUUCCCUCCCUUGCUUCACUCUCACCAUCUCCUACAUCACCUCUUUCCUCCUGCCCCUGCCCACCAUCCCCUCCCUCCCCUGCGUCUUCUCGACCCUCCCAUCCCCCUCCAUCCCCACCACACUCUCCUCCUCCACCUCAACCUCCCUCACCUCCCCCUCCCUCACCUCCCCCUCCCUCACCUCUCCCUCCCACUCCUCCCGCAUCUGCCUCAGACAAUCCGCCCCCCACCAUCUUCAUCCGGGCAGCCUUUCUCUCGUCGCAACCUCUCUCCUCGCAACCCCUCUCAUCACAGCCCUUCUCAUCACAGCCCCUCUCGUCACAGCCCCUCUCGUCACAGCCCCUCUCGUCACAGCCCCUCUCGUCACAGCCCCUCUCGUCACAGCCCCUCUCGUCACAGCCCCUCUCGUCACAGCCCCUCUCGUCACAGCCCCUCUCGUCACAGCCCCUCACCUCACCACCAACACCGUCACCUCCUCUUCUUCCUGUUCUCCUCUCUCCUACCACCUCAAAUCCACCUCCCCCAGGUGACCCUUCCCCUCGCCCAUCCCAGUCAGCCCCUCCCUCAGAUGCACCUCUUCUGGCUGGUCCUGUUCUUCCUCCCUCUGCACUGCUCGCAGCCCUCUCUCUGCCGCUUUCUACCACCUCUGUACCUGCACAGCCAAUGCCCGCCCCGCCCACAGCUGCAGCAAUGGACGUGCCUGCAGCAGCACUAGCACCACCACCACUACUACUGCCAGUGGCAGCAACUGUGGCAUCAGCAGCAGCACCACCACCACCAGCAGCGUCAGCAGCAGUGCCAUCAGCAGCAGCAGCACCAGCAGCAGCAGCAGCAGCAGCGGUUUCUGCUGGGCCUGUGGCCCGCCCACCAGUGGUUGCUGCGGGGAAAACAGCUCCUGCUGUGCCUCCCUCUGCUGCUGCAGCAGUGGACAGCAGAGCAGCGGACAGCAGAGCCGGAGGGGUGGCGGCACAGGCACGUGAGAAGCGGGCAGCGAGCAGAGGAGCAAGAGGUCAGGCGGCGGGCAGUGGAGGAGGUGGGGGGGCUGCACCACCCCCGCUGCCAGCAGCUGCUGCAGAAGCAUGCGGAGCAGCAGAAGCUGCUUCUGGUUCUUCUGAAGCACCUGAAAGGCCACCAGCAGCGGCAGCAGGAACAGCAGAAGCAGCAGCAGCAGCAGCAGCAGCAGUAACAGCAGCAGCAACAACAACAGCAGGCGUCGCAGCAAGAGCAGCAGCAGGAGGGGGGUGUAGAGCAAGCAGUGAAGCCCCAGGUGUAGCUGUGCCAGCGCCCACUGCGGCACCUGCUGCCUGCCCACUGGAUGCAGCGGCAACGAGGGGUGCUGUGAGUGCACGUGGAGGUGCAUCCAAGGCAGGUGAUGGGCUCACAAGGACCUGUGCUGCUCACAGCACAGCUGGGGAAGGAAGGGCAUGGCUGUUGGACGCGGGUGAGUGGGCAGAUGCGUUGCAGCACAGCACAGGCCCCUCGACGGCACCUGCUGUCACCAUCCCUGCUCCUGCUGCUGCUGCUGCUGCUGCUCCUGCUGCUGCUGCUGCUGCUGCUCCUGCUGCUGCUGCUGCUGCUGCUGCUGCUGCUCCUGCUGCUCCUGCUGCUCCUGCUGCUGCUGCUCCUGCUGCUGCUGCUCCUGCUGCUGCUGCUCCUGCUGCUGCUGCUCCUCCUCCUGCUGCUGCUGCUCCUGCUGCUCCUCCUUCUGCUGCUCCUGCUCCUGCUGCUCCCCCUGCCUCUGCCCUUCCAACCUUUCACCUACUCUCACUCCCCUCACUCCACCAUUUUCCCAUCGGCAUCUUCUCUCUCCCCCUUACGUCCCACCCCCUCCUUCCCCACGCACCCCCAUCCCACACGCCCCCUUCCCCGCUCUGCCUUCCAUACCCCAUCCAAACCCGCCCUUCCCACCGCCUUCCUCCCAACCACCCCUUUCUCUUUCCCUCACUCCACGCCUUCUCUCUCCCCAUCCACUGCCCCUCGCUCCACUCCACCCCUCAAACCCACACCCUGGCCCACAACCCACAUGCCAUCCCCACCACAACCACCACAGCCAUCACAACCAUCACAACCGUUGCAACCUCCUCCCAAUGA